AUGCAGGCUGCCUGCGCUCCUCCGCAUCGCACCAUCCCGACCAGCGUCGACGCGCUCACCGUGGCGCUCACCGUCGCGACGGUGGCGGUGACGGUCCCGCAGUACAUCAAGCUCUUGCGCUCGCGCUCGUCGGCGGGGCUGAGCCUGCCCACGGUGGUCCUCACCGCCGGCCUCAAUCUGUGCGACGUGGCGGCCGCAAUCAUCACCAAGUGGAGGCAGCUGCAGGACUGCGCGCACGGCGCGGCGUGCGUGCCCGAGCUGCUGGACCUCGUGCAGACCGUCGUCCUCACCGCCACCUCCGCGGCCGUGCUCGUGAUGGUGGUCUGCUAUCCGCCGCACGACGGCGCCGCAGCGCGCUCGGUGGCUGCGAUCACACUGUUCGCCACCGCGGUCGCAUGGGCGGUGAGCGCGGGCGUCUCGCUCGCUGCCCCUUGCAGCCGCGGUGCACUCAGCCUUGCGCAGGCCUACGGAGUGGCGGCCGCCGGCUGCGCCGUCGUGCAAUACAUUCCGCAGCUCCGCACCACGCUGCUCGAGCGCUCGUCCGGCUCGCUCUCGGUCUCCUUCUACCUGCUGCAGGCGGCGGGCGGCCUGAUCGUCGCCGCCGAGCAGGUCUUCGCGGCGGCCGACCCGUGGCCGGUGUGGCUGCCCUUUCUAUGCUCGACGAGCAUGCAGCUAGUCGUCGCCCUCUGCUGCGUCUACUUCGACUGCGUGGCGCGCCAAAGGCGCGCCGGGGACAGCGCCGUUCCUGGAGCAGAGCGGCUGCUCGACCCUGCCCGCGCUGCGGCGGCGAGGGACUCUCAGCCGGCUGAGGUUGCACCGGCGGGCGAGCUGCACGCGGAGAGCUCGAGAGAGCCCAGUGAGGCAAGGCCGUGUCGGGGACGCUGUGACGUGAGGGGCUGA